AUGCCACACACGGUCUCCCCAUCUGAGUCGCCCGCUAUGCCGACCGUUGUCUCCAAAACUCCUUCCGGGGUCGCCCCCACAUCCGAAGAGAUUUCCUCUAUUCUCAACACCAUCUUCACAGCAGAGAGCUCCCAGCAGUCCCUGGACGCCUCUUAUGCCUUGACAAAUCUGCUUAUUCAGAGCGUUGGUGCUGCCGGUCUGCUGAACUACGAUGUUCUCGCCGAGGCCCGGAAGGCUGCUACCGACAAGAAGAGCGGAUCCCGCCGUGAGAGUGCCAUGUUGAUCAUCGGCGCUUUGUUCGAGCGCUUCCCCCGCGAGUUCCCCCUUAGUGAGGCCGUCUUCUUGUUGCAGGAUGGAGGCAUCCUCAACGUGGUCUUGGACUCCCUCGCCGACAAAGGUACCGUUGUCCGCGAUGCAGCCCAGUAUGCCGUGGAUGCCCUUUACAACGGCCUGAGCCCUGAGGCCAAGGUCAACGCUUUGCUCCCGGCCCUCGAGUCUUACCUCAGCAAGGGUUCCGGAAAAUGGCAAGGCUUCGUUGGCGGUUUCAAGCUGCUGGAGAAGAUGGCUUCCAGUGCUCAGAUGGGCACUGGCUCCUUGGACGAGGAACGCCAGAAGGAUGUGCUGCGCGAGGCUAUGGGAAAGACCCUGAAGGAGUUGAUCCCGGUUGUCGAGUCUGGCAUGCACGACCUGAAGGCCGAAGUCGCCAAGCAGGCCACCAAGACCAUGACCGCUCUCACCACCCUCCUGUCCAACGAUGAUGUUGCCCCUCGCAUUCCCCUCUUGAUGAAGACCAUGGAGCAGCCCUCUGCCCAGACCUUGCAGAAGGCUAUCCACGCCCUCUCGCAGACUACCUUCGUUGCUAUUGUCACGUCCCCCGUGCUAGCCCUCCUUACUCCCCUGCUGGAGCGCUCUCUUAACACCCCCACUACUCCCCAGGAGACUCUUCGUCAAACUGUCGUCGUCGUCGAGAAUUUGACCAAGUUGGUCCACGACCCUGCCGAGGCCCGUACCUUCUUGCCCAAGCUCCAGCCUGGUGUGAAGGCCGUCAAGGACCGUGCUUCUCUCCCUGAGGUCCGUGAGCUUGCUACCCGCGCCCUGAAUGUCAUGGAGACUGCUAUGAGCGACGACAAUGUCGCUUCUGGUUCGAUCUCCAAGGUCACCCCCGAGGAAGUCCUGUCUAUCUUGAACCCUAAGCUCCAGGAGCACGGCGGCCUGACUGGUGAUGCCAAGUUCAUCGAGCUGGCCAAGAUGUUCGUUGCCAGCAUGGUUCGUGAGGAUGUCAACGUUCGUAUGCACGAUCGUAUUCCCUCUUGCAUCACUCCCUAUCUGCGCGGUAUGAUGGCCGAUGAGCACCUUGAGGCUAUCGCCACCGCUGUUCAGGCCCACUACGUUGCGGAGGAUGAGCGCAAGUAUGGCAAGCCAAUUCCCGAUGACCCUAACGAGAUUGAGAUCGUCAAUGCCAACUUCUCUCUCGCUUACGGUGGUAUGCUUCUGUUGUCCCACACCAACCUGCGUCUGCUGAAGGGUCACCGUUACGGCCUGUGUGGUCGCAACGGUGCUGGAAAGUCCACUCUUAUGCGCAGUAUCGCCAAUGAGAAGCUUGAAGGCUUCCCCCCACAGUCUGAAGUCCGUACCUGCUUCGUGGAGCACAACCAGGGUGAGGACGCCGACCUCAGCAUCCUGGAAUAUGUUUCCAAGGACCCCCAGAUUGCUGCCGAAGGCAAGGAGGCCAUUUCCAGCGUUCUUCUCGAGUUCGGCUUCACCGAUGGACCGGAAGGUCGCCAAUCCCAGCCCGUUGGAUCUCUGUCAGGUGGAUGGAAGAUGAAGCUGGCGCUUGCCCGUGCUAUGCUCAUGAAGGCUGAUGUUCUCCUGCUUGACGAGCCGACUAACCACCUCGACGUUGCCAACGUCAAGUGGUUGCAGGAGUACCUCAAGAAGCACACCGAUAUUACUUCCUUGAUCGUCUCUCACGACUCCGGUUUCCUCGAUGAGGUCUGCACAGACAUCUACCACUACGAGAGCAAGAAGCUUGUCUGCUAUCCUGGUAACCUUGCUGCUUUCGUCAAGGUCAAGCCCGAGGGUAAGAGCUACUACACUCUGUCUGCCUCGACGGUCCAGUUCAAGUUCCCCCCUCCUGGUAUCCUGUCCGGUAUCAAGUCUGCCACCCGCUCCAUCAUGCGCAUGAGCAAUGUCUCCUACCAAUACCCGGGUGCCCCUAAGCCCUCUUUGCAUGAUGCUUCCCUGUCGCUGACUCUUUCCUCCCGUGUCGCUAUUAUCGGAGGAAACGGUGCCGGAAAGUCUACUUUCAUCAAAAUUCUGACUGGUGAGACCGUUCCUUCGAGUGGUAAGGUCGAGAAGCACCCCAACCUGCGUAUUGGAUACAUCAAGCAGCACGCUCUUGAGCACGUUGAGAUGCACUUGGAGAAAACUCCCAGCCAGUAUCUGCAGUGGCGUUACGCCAACGGUGAUGACCGCGAAGUCUUCUUGAAGCAGACCCGUAUCUUGACCGAGGCCGACAAGAAGCAGCUGGAGACUCCCGUUGACCUUGGCGAUGGCCGUGGUCCUCGUCGUAUUGAGGCUAUCAUGGGUCGCCAGAAGUGGAAGAAGUCUUUCCAGUACGAAGUGAAAUGGGUUGGCUUGCUCCCAAAGAACAACGUCAUGAUCUCCCGCGAGACCCUGACUGAGCUUGGAUUCUACAAAAUGGUCCAGGAAUUCGAUGAUCACGAGGCUUCUCGUGAGGGUCUUGGAUUCCGUGUCCUUGACCCCCCUACCAUCUCCAAGCACUUCGAGGACAUUGGUCUCGACCCCGAAAUUGCCAACCACAACGAAAUCUCCGGUCUCUCUGGUGGUCAGAAGGUCAAGGUCGUGCUUGCCGGUGCCAUGUGGAACAACCCCCACUUGCUGGUGCUUGACGAACCUACUAACUUCUUGGAUCGUGACUCCCUGGGUGGUCUGGCCGUUGCCAUUCGCGACUUCAAGGGUGGUGUGGUCAUGAUUUCUCACAACGAGGAGUUCGUCGGUGCCCUGUGCCCCGAGCAGUUGCACAUUGCCGAUGGUCGCGUUGUCAGCCGUACCAACACCGCUAUCAGCCUCGACCGCUUUGAGGACAGCGCCAACAACUCCCCCUCGACCCCUGGUACCCCUGCCGCUCUCUCGACCGCCACCAGCGCCGCCCCUUCUGCUGUCAACUCCGGUGCCGAGGAUCAGGGCGAGCUCAAGUUCCGCGCCAAGAAGAAGAAGAAGAUGACUCGUGCUCAGCAGAAGGAUCGUGAGGUCCGUCGCCGUCUGCGUCACAUUGAGUGGCUCAACUCCCCCAAGGGUACUCCCAAGCCCGUCGACAGUGAUGAUGAGUAA